CCCUCCUGCCUCCCCUCCCAGCUGUGCCAUCAGGGCCACACGACCAAAGUCUACAGUUUGAAUGUCAGGGUGCCCCGGGGCUGGCAGGGAGGGGGGGGCACAGCUCUGCACCCUGCUCCCAAACCAGUGGGGUCUGCUGGGGGUCACCUCCCCGUGCCGCGAGAACAACCCCCCACUGGCCCCACCUGCACCCCGGGUUAAGGGGGUCUCUGUCUCACAGGAGGUGGGCAAUGCCAGCCAGGCCGCGUGUGUUGAUGACGAGCAGGGAGAUGGAUCGCGGCGUCAGCCUGGAGAACCCCUAUGCCAGCAUCAACAUCCCACGGGACCAGUUCCAGCAGAGCUUCAUCACUCGCUACCUGGAGGACAAGCCCACCGUCAUCGCCAACCCCGCAGCUGUGCCCACCUAUGGCGUGGAGGAGCAGGCAGAUCCCGCUGGCAGCUGCAACAGCCCAACCAUUUCCACCAAGAAGUCCUGGUCCCGCCCCUACAACCCCUAUGCCAGCCUGAGGAUGCCCAACAGGGACUCGCCCGACUCCUUCUACACCGUCACCCUGGACAGGCCACCCAAGGGCCAAGAGUGGGAGGCUGGUGGGCGAUGUGGCUGCUGCAAGUGCCACCCCUGCUGCAGAAAGUGCUGCUGUGUCGUCUCCUAAGGGCCCUCGCUGCACGUGCAGGAUGUGCUGACCAUGGGAUGGGGCCAGGUGGCCCCGCGGGGAUGUGGUUGCCUGGCCUGGGCACCUUGGGGAGCUUCCCCUGCACCCAGCAGAGCUGGCAGCUGGGAGGUGGCACUGGCUGGACUGUGCCAUUGCUUUUCACCUGUGAGUUCUGCAGCCAGGUAUGCCAGUGAUAGGCACCUGCCAGGUCCUGAGAGCCCAGUGUGGGGGAGAAGGACAGGUACCCCCUGCCCUGCUGAGGCCCAGGAGCCUUGAGGAUGAUGUGUGCCAAUGCAGAUGCCACGAAGUGCCUACGCUGGGGACAGGGCAGCACUCUGAGCCUGCGAUCCUGUACACUGACUCUGCCAGUCUGCCCUGGCUGGGAAGCCUCCAGCUCUGGGAAGGUGGAGGCAUUGCCUGCCUGCCGGAGGGCAGGUUUGGAUGCUGGCAGCUCUGUGUGCAUGGCGGAGGAGGGCAUCGUCAUCGAUGUCUCAGAAUGGUGGAGAGGAGCCAGGGACGUGCCCCCAGCCAGGAUCAGGACCUACCUCCCCAGAACUGAGCGGUCCCCCCACCCACGGCGUUCUGGGGUUGCUGCAGUGCCUUGUGCCAAGCUCUGGCUGGGUACCGCUCCUCCUUGAUGGCCAUACUGCCCAUGGGACAGAGGGAAGGAGACAGGAAGGACAGACAGACAAAGUGUGUCAGGGCUCCAGAGCAGCACCUGAUGGCACAGCAUAGGCGUGGGAAGCCCCUGGCUCCACUCAGUUCCUCCUGCCAAGCUGGAGGGUGCUGGGCACAACCCCUCACCCCAUCCGCAUCCCGGCUCGGAGCUCCACACUGUGCUGGGGGAGUGGAGGGCUGGCCCAGCUCCAGCAGCGAGGUAGCACUGGGGCACCCAUUUGGAACGCAGAUCCCCAUCGUUCACCUUCUGCGACUUCCUGGGCAUUGAGGAAGGCAAGGGAGGAGCCUGCUGGCCUCUUCGCAGCAUGCUGGGGUGGGUCCCGGCUGGAUUUUUGUCUGGGGUUGAUGCCGCCAACCUGGAACAAACGCGCUGUUGUGUUGGUGUCCCAUCCCACGGGCGGCUGCGCUGCCAGGCGGCAGCUGCGUAAGCACCAGGGCUGCUGCAGGAACUGCCUGGUCUGGAGGGCAGGGGCUUGGAAAGAGCGCGUGUGUUAGAUGACUUCAGGGUGCUGCAAAUAAAUUUACAACCA